GACAACCACAUAUAGCGCACCGGACAGUCAGCGCGCCCCCAAAGCCCCGACUUUUCCGCUUCCCUUCUUCCUCCACCCCGUCAAAUUUCGACAACAAUUUCUCCUUCACCACCCCGGCACCCCGUCGAUCCGUCGUCCCCUCGUCGCCGUUCUUUACGCGUGUCAGAAGAAAAGAAAAAAAAACAAGUCCGUCGUUUUUCCCCCCCUCGUCGUUCGAGGAACAAACAAAAUUUACAGGUUUUCCAAGAAACCUGGACGGAGGCGUCGAGGAAGUGGCGCCGCCGCCACGGCGAUCUCCCCUGAGAAAUAUAACAACAAAAGCCGCCUCGGCCGCAUCUCCUCCGUCCAUCGAUCGCUUCGCGUGUGCCGCUGCCGAGCUUCGCUGGGGAAUCUGGUUCGUGGCAAGGAGAGAGCAUAUUUGCAUGGUGAGCAAUCUAAACAAUGGCUCCAGCACAGCCGAUGGAGUAUGCUGGUUCAGUUAGUUCAGGACAGAAGCACCUGGGCUAUUUUGGAGUACACACCAGCAGUAGGUUGCAAUGUGUGGGAUAUGACAAGAAAUCAAGAACGAAUCAGUUGGUCAUUAGAGCCAUAUCUGUUGAUCGCCCACAACUAGAUUUCUCGAAUCCGAACUGGAAGAAGCAGUUUCAAGAGGACUUUGAUAAGUGCUUCAGCUUGCCACACUUGAGAGAUGUGAUUGAUGUGGAACCAAGGCCAACAACUUUUUCUCUGAAGAGCAGGAUUCCGCUUGAGAAUGUGAAUGGUUCGAUGCAAGAAUCAUGGAAUGGCUAUGUGAACGAUGAUGACAGAGCACUUCUGAAGGUUAUUAAGUUUGCCUCACCAACAUCUGCUGGAGCUGAUUGCAUUGACCCUGAUUGUAGCUGGGUUGAACAAUGGGUGCACCGUGCUGGUCCACGUAAACAAAUAUAUUUCGAGCCUCAAUAUGUAAAGGCUGGGAUUGUAACAUGUGGUGGGCUCUGCCCUGGUCUCAAUGACGUCAUUCGGCAGAUUGUGCUUACACUUGAAAAAUAUGGGGUGAAAAACAUUGUUGGGAUACAGCAUGGAUUCCGUGGAUUUUUUGAGGAUCACUUAUCAGAAGUGCCACUUUCUAGGCAUGUAGUCCAAAAUAUCAAUCUUGCUGGUGGUAGCUUCUUAGGAGUUUCUCGUGGUGGUGCAAACAUUUCAGACAUUGUUGACAGUAUUCAGGCCAGGAGGCUUGACAUGCUCUUUGUACUAGGUGGAAAUGGAACUCAUGCUGGAGCUAAUGCUAUACAUGAGGAGUGCCGCAAGAGAAAACUGCAAGUGUCGAUUGUGGGUGUCCCAAAAACUAUUGACAAUGACAUAUUACUUAUGGACAAGACUUUUGGAUUUGAUACUGCAGUGGAAGCAGCACAAAGAGCUAUCAACUCUGCAUAUAUUGAGGCACAUUCUGCAUUUCAUGGCAUUGGACUGGUCAAGCUGAUGGGAAGAAGCAGUGGCUUCAUCACAAUGCAUGCCUCUCUGUCCAGUGGACAAGUAGAUGUCUGCCUGAUACCUGAGGUACCAUUUACUCUUGAUGGACCGAACGGAGUUCUUCGACAUCUUGAGCACUUGAUAGAGACCAAGGGAUUUGCUCUGGUUUGUGUUGCUGAAGGAGCAGGACAGGAAUAUCUGCAGAAGUCAAAUGCAACUGAUGCAUCAGGGAACAUGGUUCUUAGUGACAUCGGUGUCCACCUUCAGCAGAAGAUCAAAUCUCAUUUCAGUAAUAUAGGAGUCCAUUCUGAUAUCAAGUAUAUCGAUCCCACAUACAUGCUCCGUGCAGUGCGUGCCAAUGCAUCUGAUGCCAUCCUAUGCACUGUGCUGGGUCAGAACGCUGUCCACGGCGCCUUUGCAGGUUUCAGUGGCAUCACGACCGGGGUGUGCAACACACACAAUGUGUACUUGCCGAUACCGGAAGUCAUCAAGUCCGCAAGAUUUGUCGAUCCAAACAGCCGGAUGUGGCAUCGGUGCCUGACCUCAACCGGGCAACCGGACUUCCAUUGAUAAAUUGUUAACAAUGAAGCUGGUAGUAGCAUCUUAUGACUGAUGGUACUAGGAGUAGGCGGUGUAUAGCCAAAGGGAUUUACUUCCAUUGUCAGCCUGGUGAAAUAAUCAUCAGAUGGGAAAAGAGAUACGUCUUAUACCCUCCACGGGCUCUUCCGCUCUUGAGAUGCAAUACGGAUACAAUAAGCAUCUCUCCAAACAUUCAUAUUUUGGUAGAUUAGCAGUAUACAAUGUACGUAGAAACAUACAAGCUUAGUGAGGGUUUUGCAGUCCUGGAAUUUGCAAGGGAUGCUCAGUUUCCAUUUUUCUAGUGUGCAAGGGCUGAAGGGCAGGACUA